UCUCACUCGUCCGUGAAACGGACGCUUCCUCAGCGCAGCUCCGCGGGUGGAUGUGGGGUGUUGGUGUUUAGCAGAGAGCUAGCACACAGAAGCGCCGCAGCGUCAGGGACGGGCUGUAAAGUUGAUCUUCUUUAAAUGUUUAGGAAGUGUCGGUCGUUUCCGUGAAGUUCAGACUCCCGCUGUGGUAUUUCUUCAACUUUUAAACCGGGCUAACGGCUCCAAACACACCAGACUCCAUUCAAAAACCUCCCGGUUUACCGUGAAAGCAGUUUCGAGCUGUACACGGUCAAAUACACGUAGAUGCAUUUGAAUGUUGAGGCGGGUCUGCAGGAGGGCCUGAUCCUCGGAGAGAGCAGGUUUGAUGAGCAGGUCACCAUCAGCGACUCUCAGGCCGAUCACAUCCACAUCGAGGAAACGUACAAUGUCCAGAAGCACAUCGCCUGCCACAGACUGAACACUCUGUACAGCAGCGACGGACAGGUGAACACAGAGGAGCUACACAAGCUGCUGGCAGACAACAAGCAGGAGAGCGUGAUCGGCUGGUACAGGCAGCGCAGGAACUCGCAGCAGCAGAUGACCUUCAGAGAGAAGCUGGUCCACGAGAACCUGAAGAGCGCUCUGUCCAACCCUCACAUGAUCUUUGUGCUGCUGACGCCCAGUAAAACGACGCCUCCCGGCUCCACGCACAGGAUGGAGUACUCCGCCUUCAUCUCCCGCAGCAGGCACUUCGUGAACGUCCCCGUGCUCGUCACCAACCUCGGCCUCCUCGAGCAGCUCUCUUACUGGAAGGUGUCGGCGCCGUGCUCUGCGGCCGGUUACAGCCUCACCAUGAAGAAGCACGGGUCCAAGUUCUUCUGCUCCAACGGGCUGCUGAGGGAAGUGAACGAAGUGAACAAGAUGAACGACUCGCUGCAGGUGGAGCUGCAGAAAACGUGCAGAGACGUGGAGGAGAGCGAACGUCUGGUUGAAGCGCUGCAGGCGGAGGUCUCAGCCCUGAGGACGAGGCUCAGAGAGAGCCAGCAGGGCCAACCGGAAAAAGGAACCGCGGACGAUCCCGAGCCGAGGAAGAACCUGCUGCUUCACGAGGCCGUCAGAGCGCUGCUCGCCUCCUCGCCGCUGUUCCACACUCAGACGCUCACGCUGCAGGGACUUCCUGUCCCCGACGACGACGACGUUUCUGUGAAGACGGCGAGGGAGGCGCCGCCGGGCGCAAAGAACUGUCGUAAAAGGCUGAGAGAAACGCUGCCGGAGACGGAGAGGAAGCGCAGGAGGAGCAAGAGCUGAGCGGGAGCAGCCAGAGGCCGGCCUGUUCACAAACCGUUACUGAUAAAGUUCAUUCAAAAGGUGCUGCAGCGGUUACCUGAGCAGGUGUGAAGUUCAUCCAGCCGUCAGGACUUAGGGAACUUUUACUGGUUAAACUGGUGCGAUUCAGGCUUCCAGCUGUGGACCAUCAGUGUUUAUUCCAGAUGUUUGUGAGGCGCUGCUGCGUUCAGGGUCAGGGUCUGAGAUGUGUUCAAAUUCAAAAUCUGUUUAGUUGUUCCUUUGUUUCCUUUUUCCCUGCAACAUGUUUCCAUUAAAGGUCGGAGUGUGUGGUUA